AUUUAAAAGUGUGUCUCUUGGAAAGCGACUGUGUUAAAGUCCGAGGGAAAUCUCCUCGAGAUUGCCUGAAGAGUGGAGAGACCCCGACAGAGUGCCAGGCAUUGAGGAACACCUUCUUCGAGUGUAAGAGAUCCCUUCUCGAUGCACGUCAGAGGUUUAGAGGCCGUAAAGGCUACUAAAAAGCCUAAGAUGCAAAGGACGCCAGCCCGGACAUCUUACGCGUCUAGUCAAACAGCCGGGAAAGCUGGCCGUCAGUCAGAAAAUUGUAUUCAGGGUAACUGCAACCAAGCUCGCCAUGAGAUAUCGCCCUACUGCUUCAGACACAUACUGCAAGACCCAGCAGCCCCGUACAAACAAUGUGCAUACACUUACAACUCAACAGGCAAGAGGUGCUUGAACAUCGCUCCAAAGAUCGAUAAAAAAGACAGCAGAUACUGUGCAGAGCACAGUCGGAAAGCCUUGGCCAUGAGGCUUCGCAGUGGCAGGCAACGAGCUCCGAAAGAAACAGCAGACACACUUUUGCAAUCCCUCAACCACUAUAUUCCUCACCCAGGCAAAGUGAUCAAUCCGUUCGAAGAUAUCGAAGCCACCAAGCUGAACAACGGAGUAGCCAGGGUGCUUGAUUUGGCCAGCGACUCGGACAGCGAGCCGAGUGAAGGAGGGAAUGUCACCCUGGAUGCGGCGUGGUCUGGUGACAGUGAAAGCGAAGGCGACAGUGCAGACAGCGACAUGGAUGACCCUUUGAGGCACGCUGGAGUAUACACAGAAGAGGAAGUGGUUGCUCAGGCCAAAGAAAGUAUGAUUCGCCUGCAAAAUCUGUAUGUCAGAGAAUUUCGCAGUCUUCAGUUUAAGCUUCGGGAACAAAGACGUCACUACCUUGCUGCCAUUAAGAAGGAGAAAGAAACAAUGAUGAGCAUCCACCAACAACCAAAGGCCUCCUCGGAGGAGCAGUCAGCAUACAAAAAACUGCAGGCAUUGAAUAGAUAUCACAAAUUGUUCGGCGUUGAGGCAGUCUUGCACAAGAGGGAGAAGGACAGAAAAGUUCAGGCUCUGCUCUCUUCGCAUCCGAAUCGUCAGAGCCACGCUUCUCGGUGUACCUUCACAGAGGGUGGAGUGAAAUGUGACGACAAAGCCAUGCCGUAUGCCAAACUGUGUCUGAAGCACAUCCUCAACGACACGCAGCAGCUGCUCUUGCGUCCUUGCGGAGCUGUGCAAGCCGACCUGCCACCCUGUCAGGAACCAGUCUUGGCCAUUUUUCCCAACACCUUCUGCCCUUGCCAUGCCAAAGUUCCAAAGCACAACUUUCCACCUCCAGAGGUUAGUGACCCUGAGAGCCCUGAGGACAUGGAACUGGACGUUCUGCCUAAGGCUGAAGACAAGUCGUACCCUGACAUGAGUAAAUUCAAGGCAGGCAACAGCAGCGUUGGUUUGGCCGACCUGACACCGCCUUCCAGGAAGCCGCAUUCAGAGUCCUCGAGCACUUCAAGCUCAGAAAAACAGCGAGAUGGUGGUCAAAAGGAGGUUCACUCAAGGAGGAAGCAAGACUUGUCAGAAACAAGAGAUAUCCCGCACGAAAUCAGUGAUAGCGAUGCCACAACCCUAACUGCCGAUGACUCUUAUAGAUCUACCAACUCGCCAGAUUUCUUAGCGAUGGAUACAUGAUUUCCUGUUGUGAUGUAUAUAGUUCAUUAGUCGAUAGAAAAGGAUUAAUGUAUUUUUAGUCUUGUAAAUUAUAUAAAUUGGUUGGAAUGAA